AAAAAAAUAAUGUUUUUGGUUGGCUUGAAGCAACGUCAAUCAAUGACGCAUAGUGACUGGUUGGACCCGGGAAGACAGGGUACUGGUAGCCGUAGGGCUGGUUAACAGCUUAAUAAAAUAUCACAAACUGGCAGGGGGCAGUACCACCGAGCCAAAGGUCAAGUUUUACCAACCAAGUGUUGCCCAGGGUCAAGACAGAUUCAGCCAUGAAUGCCCCCAAGGGUGGGCUGGUUAUAUUUACAGCCAACUCCAACCCUUCUUGCAUGGAGCUUGGAAAGAGGAUUUCAGAGCGUCUUGGUGUGAUGCUUGGUAAAGUGCAGGUUUACCAAGAGACAAACAGGGAAACGAGAGUGCAGAUCCAGGAGUCUGUAAGAGGGAAAGACAUCUUCAUCAUUCAGACAGUUUCCAAAGACGUCAACACUGCGAUCAUGGAGCUCCUUAUCAUGGUGUAUGCCUGCAAGACCUCCUGUGCACGUAGUAUCAUUGGGGUCAUUCCCUACUUCCCCUACAGCAAGCAGUGCAAGAUGAGGAAAAGAGGCUCCAUCGUGUCCAAGUUACUGGCGUCCAUGAUGUGCAAAGCUGGACUAAAUCACCUGAUAACGAUGGAUUUGCAUCAGAAAGAAAUUCAGGGUUUCUUUAACAUCCCGGUAGACAAUCUGAGAGCAUCGCCAUUCCUCUUGCAGUACAUUCAAGAAGAGAUUCCUGACUAUAGAAAUGCAGUAAUUGUGGCCAAAUCUCCGUCUUCAGCUAAAAGGGCACAGUCCUUUGCUGAGCGGUUGCGGUUGGGGAUUGCAGUGAUUCAUGGGGAAGCCCAAGAUGCAGAGUCUGACCUGGUGGAUGGGCGUCACUCUCCACCAGCUGUCAAAAACAUAGGGGCCAUUCACCCCAGCCUGGAUAUACCCUUGCUAAUUCCAAAGGAAAAACCACCUAUCACAGUUGUGGGAGAUGUUGGUGGGAGGAUAGCCAUUAUAGUGGACGACAUUAUUGAUGAUGUUGACAGCUUUUUAGCUGCUGCCGACACACUUAAGGAGAGAGGGGCUUACAAAAUCUACGUGAUGGCAACUCACGGCAUCUUAUCCUGCCAUGCCCCGCGGUUGAUAGAAGAAUCAGCAAUUGAUGAGGUGGUAGUGACCAACACCAUCCCUCAUGAAAUCCAGAAGCUGCAGUGCCCCAAGAUCAAGACUGUGGACAUCAGCAUGAUCCUGUCUGAAGCCAUUCGACGGAUCCACAAUGGGGAAUCCAUGUCCUACCUCUUCAGGAAUAUCGGGGUGGAUGAUUGAAACCUUCCUUUCAAGCCAAACUCAAGUGUACUGACUUACGUGUGUGUGUGUGUAUGAUAGGAAUUUUUAAUUAAGAGGGGCCAAUUUUGUUAAAAGGAUAAAAAAAACGAAGAAAUUACAGGUAGACUGUUUUUUUGGUUGCACUGUGAGGGUUGUACAUGUUCCAAAGCAGCAGUGCAGUGGAGAAUGAAUGGAGAGAUUGUUGUAGUGGACUUGCGCAUUUGAAAGACAAAACUUUGGGGGUGUCAAGGACAGGUCUAUAACAAUUGAUAAAUUCUUAUUGUUACGCAUCAAAGCCUAUAUCCCUGGAGCAAACCGGGGAGAAAUCAACUUGAAUAGUUACGUAUGUUAAGUAGUUUCAAUGCCUUCCGAGCUGGGAUCAGGGCAAGGUAACCAGUGCCAAAAGCUUGGUAUAGAAUUUGAAUAUUUUCAAUAUUAUUAUUAUUUUUUUUAUUUAUUUAAGAGUGGUCUCAAACAAGCUUUUGGACUAAUUUGUGAUUGUUGAUAAUAGUAAUGCAUACAAAUAAAAAAAAAAAGCAUAUUCAAGGGAUAACAAAAUAAACUUGUCAAAACUAUUUGUUUGGUAAUAACCUGUACUGGAGAUACUAGUAUUGAAUUACUAGGCUGCAUUUAACAUUUGGCUGGUACACUCCUUAUGUACUGCUUACAUUAGGAACCAGGAAUACUUAAAACAUUUAAUUGCUGAAUGGAAUCAACACAUUUUAUUAUUUCAUUUUUUUAUAUAAUCUGAUUAGAAGUUGAGACUGGAGCUUUGAGCUUGUGAUGUGUUUCACGCCUUCUGUGUAUUGUUGGAUACGAGUGGUAGCUGUAGAAACUUUCAAGCUUAUUAAUAAUGCAGUUUGUAUGUUUUUAAUAGCUAAUUCAAGGGAAACUUUUGUAUUUAUAUUCUGCAAACGAAAAGAAAAAUAAUAAAAUGUUAAAAUUU